CGGCCUUGGGUCAUUUCCAGCUGCCACCCCCCUCCACCUCAGUAAUUCCUGCUAAUUCCUGCCUCUACGUCUCCCUCCCACCACCACCGCCAAAUUCACCACGACGACACCGCUCGCCAUCGUGCGCCCGCCUCCGCUCGUGCUUUCGCUAGAAGUGCUUUCGCAUUCGGCUUCGCUACUGCUCGCUAUCAUCACGCGCAGCAGCGCUUUCCUUUCUUUGCUGGAGGCGCCGCCUAUCCAACGCGCCGUUCUGCGGGCCCCCCCAAAACAACGCGCGCCGCUCUGUUUACGCCCACCUCGUUUCGCACCCGCACCCAUCUCCAGGUCGCUUCACGGCGUGUCAUACUUGCGCAUGAUCGCGUUUGUCCAGUUUAGUACAGCACUUGUAUUACACUUAUCAAUUAUCAUUGUCGACGCGCUCGCUAGCCGCCUGGCUGUAUAGCAUCACAUCUCUAUCGCUAACUUGCUUGCUGUUUGUCCCUGCUGCUGUCGCCAUGUUCUACUCGGAGGAAUUGCUCCAGAGGAGCGGGCCUUUGGCCCGUGUCUGGCUCUCAGCGAACAUGCACAAAUUAUCCAAGACGCACGUCUUGCAGUCCAACUUGCCCAACAGUGUAGACGCCAUUAUCCGGCCUAACCAGGCACCACUGGCGUUACGACUAAGUGGCCAGCUCCUGCUAGGUGUUGUAAGGAUGUAUAGUCGAAAAGCUCGUUACCUCCUAGACGAUUGUAAUGAGGCUUUACUGAAAAUUAAGAUGGCAUUCCGUGCCACGGGAAACAACGAUAUCCCCGAGAACCUCAACAUGCCCAAUCGAGAAGCACUGAUGCUACCAGAUACAAUCACGCCUGCUGACAACCUCAAUAUCCUACCACCGCCUGAUGCAAACUGGCUACUAAGUCAGAUGGAAGACGUCAACCCCACACCCGCCAGCUCGAAUACACGCGCGCGGGGAAGGCCUAGCAACCGCGAUAUUAACCUGCAAGAGGAUUUUAACAACAGCCAGUUUUUGCAUGAGGACAAUUUGGACGAAGACGAGCUUGCCCUGGCACCUAUGGAUGACUUGGAUCUCGAGUUAGACUUUGGGAUGGAUAUUGAUGAGAUGCCACGUAUGGACAAAAGCAUUGAAAUGGGCCGAGACGCCCCGGCUGCCCGAUCUGUUGAGGACGAUAUCUUCAGCGAGCUCGAUAUUGCACCCCGUGCCAAAGGUGCCGAUGUGGAGCAAACAAUGGAAUUAGAUUUUGGUAACGAUGGGGUUCGGAUUGCAGACGCUGAUGGGGAUGUCCAAAUGGAUGACGAUCUUCAUUUCGACAUCGGUGACCAGUCUGCUAUGCCCGAAAUGGGCGGUGUCCCUCAUAUGGAUCGCGCACGCAUUUCGGAAUCACCACUCUCGGAUAUAGAUGAGAACAUGGCUAGAGAUGUGGAAGAGUGGACACGUCUAAACAACACCAGCAUAUAUGAGCCUGGAUAUGAGCCCGAGGAGCCCGAGCCCCAACCACAGAAGAAAUCGAAGAAGCGCAAGCUCUUUGGUCUUGAUCCUGCAACUCAAUUGACCAGCGCACAUAUAAAAGAGCAACAGCAGAACCAUGACAACAUACUGAAGGCCCCUAGUUUCAUCUCUCGAGACCCGUACCUGCUUGCCCUAGUUGAACUCAAGAAUAGCGGAAACUUUGUCACGAACAUCUUGGGCAGUGGUCGCACAAAGGCCUGGGCACACGAGCUGCGCGACAUGUUGACUCUAGACGCUAUUAGGCCGGCAAAUGACUUGAAGCGGAAGCGUGACAGCGGUGUUGCUGAUCUAGGCAGCGAAGAGGAACAGGGCAAUUCUAAAUCACCCCGCCUUGAAAUAGGAGAAGACGAAGAUAUGCUUGCCAUGCCAGACACAGGUUUUGGUGAUCGUAGUGUCGCCCCGGAUGGCACAAUCCUAGAAAUACCUGCAGAUGACGGAGUUCUAGCCAACAAUGACGACGAUAUCCACCAGCCACGCGACGAGAGCAUGAAUCCUGCGUUUGACGAGACUGUCGCGCCUCUUGUGCACCCAGCCGACAGUGGACCAGUGUCUCUGGGCACCAAGCAUGCUGUACAUGUCCUUAGAGAACUAUUUGGAGCUGAGGCUGCUACAAAUGAGGAGAAACGCAAGAAGACGGUGGUUUUCCAGGACCUGCUCCCUGAAAAACGCGCCACAAAAGCCGAUGCUACCAAGAUGUUCUUCGAAUGCUUGGUUCUGGCCACCAAAGAUGCCAUCAAAGUUGAGCAAAAGGAAGGAGGCUUAGGUGGUGCAAUCCGAGUACGUGGAAAGCGUGGACUCUGGGGUGCGUGGGCUGAAAAGGAAGCCGGCGGUGAGAUGGCAGCACAGCAGGCGGACGAGACGGUUACAGAGCCUCAGCCUGCGAUAGCUUCCUCAUCACGUCCAGUUGCUGCAGCUGCAUAGGGUUUGGGUCUUUAGUCUCUCUGGACAGGGAUGUGUCUUAAUUAGACGGCGGAACGUUCUUGUACAAAUUUGUUCAUCUGCUUGGGAAUGGGCAUCUCUUGGGCGGAAGGCGUAUAGGUUGCUGGCGUUACAGGAAUUGGGAAAUACCAUGAUUGAGGGGCUGCAGAAUCUUGGAUGUCCACAAAAAAAAUGUGCAAUGGCAUGCGUGUAGUCCGUGAGUGAGGCUGGAAUGUCUAAGUAGGCUGGGAUGAUGGAUGGAUGACUCGACAUAGUUUACAUAGACUACCUAAGGUUAGGUAGGUAUUUGCAGGCAAAUGUGCACAAAACUUGCCUGGUCCAUCGAAUGCCCAGAUUAGGUAAUUAAAUCAACCAGAAUUCACGUUACAAAAAGAAGCCAUAUAUCC